AUGAUUUAUGACGUCAAAUUCAUCAAUGGCCAUCUUUCGCCUUCAAAUUGAAUUGAAAUUGAAGCAAAACCCAUAUUGUUUAUAUCCCAUAAUCAAGAAUUUUUCAAUCAAAAGCCGCAAAGGGUCGGCCACAACCAACCCAACAAAUCUCAGUCGCUUGAUUUUCCACCAUCCAUUCGAAAUCCAAUCUCAUCCGUUCUUCGCCGCCUCCGUUCUUUGACCAUCGCCGAUCUCCACCGUCAAAUCCGACCUCUGAAAUUAACACCCAUGAUUUCUUGAUUACGGGGUUUAUCAUUCUUUUUUUCUUAAACUAGAAUCCCAUCACAUCAAUCGUUGAAGUAUUAGCAUGAAACUUGGCAGCCAUAGCCAGUUCUUUUGAACAAACUCGCUCGAAAGGGCGUUUAAACGGCUCGAAAGGGCGACUAUACUGUAUAGAUAGAUGUAUAUGGAUUCAUAUGGCAUGAGUUUCGACUGUUUGUUUUAAUUUAUUGAUUUCUGUUAUUUUGCCCAUUUUCAUUUUCAAUGCGUUCAUCGUCAUCCUUGGUGCUGAUUAACUUUCCGUAAUUGCUCCCUGACCUGUGAACCUCUUAUUUCCUGUUCUACCCACCUUGUUCAUUCGAGCUAAAACGGAGUUUUCGUUCGUGGCUGCGAAUUCAAGAUGGUUCCUUCUGGUUAUGAAGCGGAUGUUAUUGGGUGGGGUCGUCGUCUUUUUGAUGAUGAUUCAGUUUUUAAUUCUGGGUAUUACGGUGAGAUGACAACCGUAGAUGACCAUUACCCUGGGAAUUAUUACAGAGAUCAUUACAAUUUAGAACACAAUUCUGUGGAGAAUGAUGAGAUUAUUGCUAGAACUCUGCAAGAAAACUUGUCACAGUUAUCAAUUACAGACUCCUCUAGAUACCCAGUUGAAAGAGAGGAGCCAUUGCAAGGAUCCAUGUAUACAAUUGGUUGGCAUAAUUCAUUUCCUAGGAAUAACAAUUCAGUUCCUAUUGUAGAGAGUAUUUCUUCUCCUGAGGAAGAUUUUGAAACUCAUGAUCCUCCCAGUUCAUGUUCUAGUCUUGGGGAUGAGAACUUCUAUUCACAUGCUGUUGAUGGUGAAGAACUCUGGAGAUUCAAUCAAAUGAUUCCUGUUCCUCAUGUUCCUAGAAUUAACGGAGAGAUUCCUUCAGUUGAUGAAGCUGCUUCUGAUCAUGAAAGGCUGCUGAACAGAUUACAAGUGUAUGACUUUGUUGAACGAAAGGUUCAAGGUGAUGGCAAUUGUCAGUUUCGUGCAUUAUCUGAUCAAUUAUAUGGAACACCUGACAAUCACGAACUCGUGAGACAGAAAGUUGUAGAUCAGCUUAUGUCACAUCCAGAGGUUUACGAGGGAUAUGUCCCGAUGGCGUAUGUUGAUUACUUGGAGAAGAUGUCCAGGAACGGUGAAUGGGGUGAUCAUGUCACAUUACAGGCAGCCGUGGAUUCGUAUGGCGUGCGAAUAUUCGUUAUAACUUCUUUCAAGGAUACCUGCUGCAUAGAGAUUCUUCCAAAUUCUCAGAAGACAAAAGGAGUAAUUUUCUUGAGUUUUUGGGCAGAGGUGCAUUACAACUCAAUUCAUCCUCAGGGAGGUAUGCCAUCAACUGGAGAUUCCCCACCCUGUGAGUUGAGAAAGAAGAAAAGAUGGUGGAAAUUUGGAAAUAAGCAUUGAAAAGCCCUGCUGCCUCAGACUCCUGAACUUCUAUUGCUCAAAUGCAUUCCUUUGUUAGUGGCUAACAUUACACAUGCCUUGAAUUAGUUAAUGACAAAAUAAAUAGACUCUUCUUUCUUUCUGUUGUCCCCUCCAUAAAAGCUUAAGCAGGGUUGUUUGCCUGUGUUAGUUUGGUUUAAUUGGAAGGGAUUUUGAGGGAGAAACGGAUUGUAAUGUGUUAUUCUUUUGAUAGAAAUGCAAGAGCAUCGAGGACCUUUUCUCUU